AUGGCAAACGCGCCGGCAGAAUGCAGAAAGAAGAGGCCAGGGCGUCGCACUAUAAGCGGAUCGGCUGGACAAAAGAUAAAGUGGAGGAUCCUCAUGUUCUGCGACCAACGCCACAAGAGACUGGUCGCCGCUCGGUCGACUCACAAGGAUAAAAGAGAUAGAACGGCUAGGAUGACAGCACAGCACCAGCACGCCGGGAGAACCUCGUUACGGGCGAAAGAGAUUGCGGCCGGACUGUCCCUGCUCUCGGUCCACGCAGACGUCCGCCUGUUUUCGAUUAUCCCCGCGGACUCCAUGGAAACCAGACGCUACUGGGAUAUUGCGAAGCCCCUGGUGGCAGAGCUGUGUGACGAGUGGAGUAAAGACGGCCGUUGUGCCAAGUGCACCCCCGAGACGCUGGUAAACCAGGAUGAGGAAUACCGCCUCACCCGUCGCCGGCUAGGGGUAGUGGACGACGCCGCUCCCGCUCUAAGUCCCGUUCCGUCGCCGGAGUGGGCCUUUUUCCCGCAGUCCCCAGCCGGCGAGUGGAUUGACAACAUGGGUUGGAGCGUUCCUGACAAUGACAACACCGCACCGACCGGUGUGAGCGACAUCCACAGUCAGGAACCGUACGAUAAAGAUCGGCUGGCAGACAGUGAAAGGCGGCAUGGAAGCCAAGGUGGCUGUGGUGAAAGCAAUGGGUCUGGAGGCAGUGGCCGCGUAACUCCAUCAGUGGUUGAGAGCAUGGAGGAUGCGUUGUUCGUCGGUCCCGCGGAAGCAACCGCUGGCGCAGAUUUCGAUCGGCUGCUGCACGCGACCACCGAGUAUUCAGAUCUUCUCGACGAGUGGCCAAGCUCACCGUCGGUCGAGUCGGUCGAGGAUGGCGGACACCAGACUAUCAGCGCCCGCUCGACCAGCGCCCGCUCGACUCCCACGACUCCUUUAGGUAAUCCGACCAACAUCGAGGACUGUAUAGACCCGGGGUCGGCGUCCCAGUCAUCGCCGCCGCCGGACGGACGCAGCCAGUCACCAGACGCAACAGCAGCCCAAGAACCAACCCAGACGUCGUCCGAGUUGACUCCAGCGGCGAUCGAGGAGCUGGUCCGCAGUUGGCGCGUACCGGAGAACCUAGAGCAGGCCAUCGCGGAGACGUUCUCCUGCCCAGCACCCCUCGAGCCGGAAGCAGCCGCGGAGACGGCGCCGCCAUUCAGCCUCGACCAGGACCACGCGGAGGAACGAGACCCAGCGUACAGCCCCGCUGGGAUUCAUGAGAUCCGCGACCUGCGGAACACGGCACUGCGACAGGUCCAAGACCGAGUGAAGCGAACCCUGUAUGGUCACACAUUGGCCGUGAGCGAUGUCGAGCGACUGUUUGACGAGAUAGCGAACAUCCGUCCGAUCACAGAGUUCACUAUUAACCUCGUGUGCGACAAGCUCCAUCGCACGCAUCCUGCACCCGGCGUCUGGGUGGGCCACGUCGCAUGGGAACAGCAAGCUCCGGAUGGCGGCCUGCCUCGGGACUCGGUCCAUGAAACCCUUCUGUUACCUACGGGCACGCCGGGCCAGUGGUCUCUGGUUGAAGUAGACGCCGUUCGGGGUAGCAUCGUGCAUCAUCGUUUUGCAGCCGCCCGAUCGGACGAGGCGUCCACGGCGACCUGUCAACCACAUCUUCCCUGUGCAUCCUGCCGUCUCGCAGCCGACGCGCUCACCGUAUCGCUCCGCGAAUCCAGCACGCGGUGCCCCGAAUGGCAUCUCGAAUCCUCGGCCCUCCACUGCCGUGCGGGGGAUGGGAUCGCCUUGCUCUGGGCGUUAGAACAACGCGCCGGUGGGGGCAGCCUGGACGCAGGGCCUCCCGCCGACUUUGGCCGCCGGCUCGCCGAAUCGAUCGUCACCGAGAUGUGUCGGCGGGGGGAUCCGUUAACGCCGCCCACCGAGUCCGAGGAUCGGUCGCCGCAGCUCAAGGCACGGCAGCGCUGGUUGUCCUUCCAGAGCCGCUCCGACCGCCCGACCAGCCUCGUAGGGACCUGGGAGGCGAUGGCCGGGAUGCCCAUGGCCAACGCGCCCAUCGGGUGGGAUGCGGCGGAUCGGCUGAUGCGAAUGGUGUUCAACAUCGCGUCGCCGGCGGUUCUGCUGGGGAUUAAACAUCAGUUGCGCCACCUCCGGACCGGAUUGAGCGCGGCCCCGGGGGCCUUUACCCGCAACGCAGCGGGGGCAUUUGCGGCGGGGAUGUGGCACGACACGAACGAGCACGCGUCGCGCGUCGGGCUCGUGCUAAGCUAUUGGGCGAUCCACGACCACCGCCAGCGGCGACAGCAGGAGGGAUACCCCGACGCGGUGGGCCAAACCGUGGACGAUAUCGUGUCUCAGCUCCCACACCCCCAGCCCGACCGGGGUCUGGUGGUCGAGAAGGUCAAGGAGUGGAGCCGGCGGGCAUGGCCCUGGAACCAACUGGUGCGCAUCGCGGGCUCCCCUAACAUCCUCUGUUUCCUCCCGCAGGGCGUGCGGCUUUUUCCCGGGGAGGAUGAAUGGCGGAUGACGGACUACCGCCGGCUGAAGAAGGCCCAAUUCGACCUUAUAGAGCGGGUGUUUCGUGAGCAUCGCGCACUGCUGCUGAGAUCGGUGCCGGCGGAUUUCUUCGAGGUGUUCCUCUACCGACGGCUCCCGGGCACUCGGUUCGCCAUCGAGGGGUGGAGCGACGACGAGAUCCUUCGCGAACCCCUAGAUUCGGCAAAGUUUGACCAUGCGUUUGAACCUGUUUCUGUGAGCUAG